AUGAAUGUCUCGGUCAAGGGUGAUACAGAAGCCGAUCGCUCAGGCAAGCGCAAGCGAAGCACGGAGGAUAUUGACAGAGGAACGAAGCGAAAGAAGCCUACUCCAGAUGUUCCCAGUCAUAAUCUCGAGAAGGCCACCGGAGUCGGCCAGUUGAGUCCCUCGCAGCCCAAGCAGGAAGACGCAGUGAGCGGCGCCGACCAUUUCGAUGACCCGAUGGACAUCGAUCCAGUUGAGUUGGCCCCAGAGAGACCACAGCGUAGACGUCCGAUCGCAAAAGUCCGCCAGCAGAAAGCAGCGGCUAAGAAGAGUGGCAGCACUCCUUCACGGUCCAGCAGACAGUCAAAGUUGGUUCUGACAUCAGAGGGCGUUCCCAUCGCAUUUGCUUCCAAGCUGCAGCAGACAUCUGACGCUAUUGAUGAGGAUGAGAGCAUGGUUGACAGCUCCUACAUGAGCACAGAACAUGCUGCUGAAGCGGCGCAGAGGCGCGAAGGGUAUGACUCAGAUCAGCGGCAAGCAGACUAUGCACCCAAUGAGUACCUUGCAGCUGCUAGGACCAAGUUCCUAGACCUACGAGCGACCGGAAAGCUGAAUGAGAGGAAUUGGAGCGUUGUCGCAGGAUCGCGAGUGAUGCAGGUUGUCUCGGCUGAAGAGAUGAAGCAUGAGUGA